UUCCUGUGACGUAAUAAUUCAGACGCUAUGUAAAUGUUGUUUGUACGCUGGUUUCCUGUUAGCUAAUGUGUCAAUCUUAAGACCGUUUACGCUAUUGUAAGUGUGUGAUUAUCCACGAUAUUACUUAUACAUUUAAAGGGUAUUUGGCAAAUAGAGUAGAUUCCUUACCUUUAAAUUCGGUCGGUGUUUAAGGAUUUACGUUAUCAGUUAUCCAAGAAAGCUAACACGGCCCACAAUGGAGGGCAGUGCAAGCGUGAGGAAAGCGUUAUCCGGGACUCUCGUCCCUACAGCGGUCACAACAGUGGCUCUUCGACAACAACCCGAGGAUACGGAGAAGGAGAAGCUGAAGAGAAAGGUCCUCGAUGAAGAAGAAUACAUUGAGAGUUUAGAGAAGAUCAUCGAGAGAGAUUUCUUCCCUGACGUGACAAAAUUACAAGCCCAGAAGGACUAUCUGGAAGCAGAGGAAAAUGGAGACCUUGAGAGAAUGAGAGAGAUAUCCAUCCGAUAUGGAUCGUCUUUGACAAAAGCUACACCAGGAUCUUCUGCCCCCUAUGUGACUCCAGCUAGCUUUGAGACACCAGUGGGCCAUUCAGCAUCUCCCUCCACCAUUCAUGUCACUAAAGGUUUAGAUGGGGAGAGCAAGGAUGAUCACAAGGAAGAGAAAAAGCUGCCCUCUCUGGACUGUUUCCUUGCUAAAAAUACCAGCGAGGAUAAUGCAUCAUUUGAACAGAUAAUGGACCUAGCAAAAGACAAGGAGAAGGUGAAGCAUGCCUGGUUAUAUGAGGCCGAGGCUGAAUUCAAACAGCGCCAUGAGGAGAACCUUGCUUUACCAUCAGUAGAGAAGGCAGCACUUGAAUGUGUUAAAGCUGGAUUGGAGACAUGGGAGUACAAAGCAAAGAACGCCUUGAUGUAUUAUCCAGAGGGUGUUAAAGAUGAUGAUGCCCUUUUUAAGAAACCAAGGGAGGUACUCCACAAGAAUACACGCUUUGCUGGAGACCCAUUCAGCAAAGCUCUCAACAAAAGCCAGAUUCAACAGGCUGCAGCUCUUAAUGCACAGUUCAAACAAGGAAAAGUAGGCCCUGAUGGGAAAGAGCUCAUCUCACAUGAAUCUCCGACGGUGAAUGGAUAUGGUUUUGAAAGAACGCCUUCACCUGCACCUGGUGUAUCUGAGUCACCUCUGAUGACCUGGGGUGAGAUUGAGAGCACCCCAUUUCGUCUGGAUGGACCAGACACCCCGUAUAUUGAGAGAAAUCAUGGUCCAUCAUUUAAGAUUCCAGAGCCAGGAAGACGAGAGAGGCUGGGGUUAAAGAUGGCUAAUGAAGCUGCUGCCAAAAACCGUGCAACUAAACAGGAAGCACUACGAAAGGCUACAGAGAACCUUGCAAGUCUUACUCCUAAAGGACUGAGCCCUGCCCUCACCCCUGCCCUACAGAGGCUUGUAAAUCGGGCAUCUAGCAAGUACACGGACAAAGCACUACGAGCAAGUUACACCCCAUCUCCUUCACACAGACUCAUUGGCUGCAAGUCUCCCUUUAGUGGCCCAUCCACUCCUUCGGGAACACCAACACCAAACAAAGCCAAGACGCCAAGCUCUCAGGACCUUACGUCACUGACAGACAAUCUGCUGCAGCUACCCAAGAGACGGAAAGCCUCAGACUUUUUCUAAGAGAAGCUGUUCUCUGUUGGGAUUGUACAAACAGACUGACUAUAAUGUGGAGAACUUUGUAAUAAACUCUUGAAAACAGAUUUCUCAGAUUAAAGGCUGCAUCUUUAAAGAAAUGUGCAGUGGACUGAAGAAUUUUUAAAUAUUUGUUACAUUUUUGUACAGACAGGUUAACGUAGAUCUUGUCGAAACAGUGUCUGAAUGUUAUUUUAAUAUUUAUCUUACCCCAAUUGCCAAGGUUUCAGAUUUUUUAAUAUUCUUUUUCUCCAUUUAAGCUCUAUCUGUGCCACAGACCCAUGCUUUGACUGUAUUAAUAUAAUUAUAAAAUCCAAUAGUGUUUCUAAGAAGCACACCCACAAGUAAGAUUGCAAUGCAUAGCUUCCAACAGCCUAUUGGCCUGUUCUUCUUAGAUGCUGCCACGCUUGUUUCUGCAUCAUAGAAAUUACUCAAUAAUUUGAUUUGUCACAGCAGUUUUUCUCAAUGUCACACUUCUGUGUUGGUGUUAAAAAUGGAGAAAAAAAAGAUGGCUUCAGAUUUAUAGCUCACUGAAUGUCAGUAUAAAUGAUGAAUGUUUCUGUUUGCCAUAUCUUCUUAAUUUCACAGCUUAAAAAUGUCACUGUGCUGAGUUGAGUUCAGCAUUGUAAAGCUCUAUACAAAUCUAUGGGUAAAUAUGGGUAUUAUCAUUAAUGUGAAAGAUGUUUAUUUGAGAUGUGUCAGUGUUGUCACAGCAGCUGCUUGCAAACUGCAUAUAAUGCAUACCUCUGAUUUAGUGACCCAAAGAGGCAAAUUGAGUAGCAGCUGUAACUUACAUAUUUAGGACUUAUUCAGCUUUUGUUUCAUUUGUAGUAUUGGAGUUGAGCUGUGGAUCAGCGGUUGUAUGACAUGUAGGUCUGAAAGCUGGUGCUGAGAUAUCAGAGGUCUCUUCCAUUAAAAUGAUAAAAUAAAAAAAGCUGUAAAUUUUUCUCAAGGACACCAAUUCACCUAAUAUGAUAACGCCACUCUUGGAGCUUGAUCCAUGGGCUAACAAGGUUAAACCUGUGGUGCACACAUGCUUUUUUUCUAGUCUUGCAUAGUCUGCUUUGUCCACAGGCUGAUGGUAUAUAAUUAUAUACAUACAGUAUAUAUAAUUAGAAAAUUCCCAAAAAUAGUGUCUGAUGGAUGGUACCUGAGAUGUAUUCACAAAAAGUAAAACUGUCAAACCAAUAUUGUGACCACUUUUUAGACUCAUUUUUCCUAUCACUUUUUUCACAUAAAAGAUUUAAAUUAUAUGGAAGCACACUGCUUUCAG